GGAAAGGUCAUCGGUAAUAUUAAGUUCCCUAUACGCAUUUUCCAAUCUCUUAUCCAAGUUUGUUUUUCAAUUUUACUGUACGUCCACCAUAAAUUCAAGAUGCCUGUAACACCCGAAGACCUUGUGGGUCUUUUGGCCCUGAUCACGGGCGAAAGGAAUUAUCAGAUCACAAAUAGCCAGCGCCUGAAAGGAGGAUUUCUGACAGGCAUUGGAGCCACUGUUGGCGGUGUGUGUGGUGGACCUUUUGGUGUUGUUGUGGGAGGCCUAGUCGGCGGAUCACUAGCUGCUUGGAAAGGAAAAUCGACCACAAUACCAUUAGACCAAUACUUGAUGGAUAUGGACAAAGAACAGAGGCAAGCGAUGUUUGCGUAUAUGAAUUACCUUAUAGAAGAUAGCCAUGUUCAAAACUUUGUUGCCCUGAACGCUAAAGUUGCCACCGACCCCGAUCUCAAACGACGAUUUUUGGAUGUGCUGUUGUGCUAUUUGAAGGUAGAACUGAGGCUCAAUGUGAUCGAAUGAAUGAAGAGAAUGAAGGAAAGGAGCUUGUCGUCACUAGAACAAGAACGUGGUUGAAAUUGGAAAGGUUCAAUUGAAUUCAGAAAAACAGGAAACCUGAAAACCAUGUGGAAAAUUUCACAAAACUGGCAAGGAUAACAGUAAAAAUUUUCCAGUAAUUUAUUGUCUAUCACUAUUUCCAUUUUGCUCUAUUGUUUAGGAAAGUUUUGAAAUACGCAUUGACACUAGAUUUUCUACAGAGCCGCACAAACAUAUGCAAAUAACCGUGCAUGAUAAAAUGAUGGAAGUUAUUCUUGUUUUCACGACAUAAAACAGUUUAAGACUUUUUCAUCUAAAAAAAAACUGUGAUGCUUUGUUCUUUAGUAUACUUGAAUGAUUCUUGUUCAAUUUAUCGUCUUUAUUUCCCGUCAGGUUGUAGUUUUGAGGGUAGCUCUUAUUCAAAUAAGAAACAUUUUUGGCAAAAAUCUACCAUUGCCAUGGCGAGUUUUAACCCAUUGAUCACAUUUUAUGAAUUUUAAGAACUGACAACAGAACAAUGCGAUUUCGAUAAAAAUAUACUUUUAUUGAAAUAACA